AUGGGAUUAUUACAGCUAUUUGUGGUUCUUGGCGUUUUUUGCCCCUCCUCAGUUGUAGGGUUUGGGGUGGACCCUGCUCUCCGGAUCAGCGUUUUUGACGAGCUGACUUUGGGACAAGAUUUGGAUGGAGUUACCCAAGUCCAAGGAUUCCACAGCGAGUCCAGAGCCUUCCACUUCCAAGGUUCUUCCCGGGAGGUGAAGGCCCCGGCUGAUGUCUCGAGGUCCAUGAUCCAGAAGCUGAGGGGCAAGAAUGAGUUCACUGUGUUGGCUACGGUCAAACAGGACCACCUCAACUCCGGGGUCAUCCUGUCCAUCCACCACCAGGACAACAGGUUUCUGGAGCUGGAGAGCAGCGGUCAGCGCAGUGAGGUGCGUCUUCACUACAGGACCAAAGGACAGCAGCCGCACACUGAGCUCUUCCCCUACAGCCUCGCAGACGACCAGUGGCACAAGCUGUCUAUCGCCAUCAGCGCCUCACACAUCAUACUGCACGUGGACUGCAACAGGAUUUAUGAGCGAGUGGUGGAAGCUCCUUUUAUGGACAUACCUGAAGACGCGGCGCUGUGGAUUGGACAAAGAAAUUCUGCUCAUGGAUUCUUCAAGGGGGUGAUGCAGGACGUGGAGAUCCUGGUGAUGCCGCAGGGUUACAUCUCCCAGUGCCCCGACCUCAACAGAACUUGUCCCACCUGCAACGAUUUCCACGGCCUGGUGCAGAAAAUCAUGGAGCUGCAAGACAUCCUGGCCAAAACAUCCAGCAAGUUGUCCCGGGCUGAGGAGAAGAUGAAUGGACUGGACGGCUGUUACUGUGAGCGCACAUGCAGUGUGAAGGGCGUGGUCUACAGAGAGGACGAGAGCUGGACCGAUGGAUGUAGGAACUGCACAUGCUCAAACGGCACAGUUCAGUGUGAGGCCAUCUCCUGUCCUCCCCCUCAGUGUCCGGGGGGCACCGUGGCAGCCUACGUCAAGGGCGCCUGCUGCAGAGAGUGCCAACCCGUGUGUCUGUUCGGAGGGAGGGAGCUGGUGGAGGGCGAUGGGAAAGCUGUGAGGGACUCCUCUGGCAGGUGCCUGCUGUUUGAAUGCCGGGAGCGGACGAUGCACCGCGUGGUCCCCAGUGAGCCCUGUCCAGAACUCAGCUGUCCAGAGUCCGAGCAGAUCGCCCUGAGUGACCGCUGCUGCAAAGUCUGCCGAGGUCAUGACUUCUGUUCUGAGGGCCAUGGUUGUGUGGAGCACUCGGACUGCGUGAACCUGGAGGCUGGAGACUGCUGCGUUUGCAAAGACGGUUUCAGACCCCUGAGGGACGACAACGCCUACUGUGAGGACCUAAGUGUGUGUGCAGAGGGUAAACACUACUGCAGAGAGAACACCAUGUGUGUGAACACACCCGGCUCCUUCAUGUGCAUCUGCCACACUGGAUACAUCCGCAUCGACGACUACUCCUGCACAGAGCACGACGAGUGUGUGAGUGGACUUCAUAACUGUGAUGAGAACGCCCUGUGCUUCAACAUGGUGGGAGGACACAGCUGCUCCUGUAAACCUGGAUACACCGGCAACGGCACGGUCUGCAAAGCCAUGUGCGACGGACUGUGCCAGAACGGAGGCUCCUGCAUCUCACCCAACAAGUGCACCUGUCAGCAGGGCUUCACCGGGGACAGGUGCGAGACAGAUAUCGAUGAGUGCGUGGACGGCUUCGUGGAGUGUGACAGUAAAUCCACGUGUGUGAACCUGCCCGGAUGGUACCACUGCGAAUGCCGCGACGGUUACCACGACAACGGCCUCUUCUCCGCCAACGGGGAGUCGUGCGUCGACAUUAACGAGUGUAAAACGGGCCGUAACACGUGCGCCAACGACACGGUGUGCUUUAACCUGGAGGGGGGGUACGACUGCCGCUGCCCCCACGGACACAACUGCACCGGAGACUGUAUCCAUGACAACAAGGUCAAGCACAGCGGCCAGAUCUGGGUCCUGGAGAGCGACCGCUGCUCCGUCUGCUCCUGCCAGGCGGGUCAGGUGAUGUGCAGGAGGAUGGUGUGUGACUGCGAUAACCCAAACGCAGACCUGUUCUGUUGCCCCGAGUGUGACCCUCGCCUCAGCAGCCAGUGUCUGCACCAGAGCGGCCUGCUCACCUACAGCAGCGGCGACACAUGGGUGGACAACUGUCAGCAGUGCCAGUGCCUGCAGGGUCAGGUGGACUGCUGGCCCCUGCCCUGUCCCCCUGUGGACUGUGAGUUCACUCUGGUCCCUGAGGGAGAGUGCUGUCCUCGCUGUGUGACCGACCCGUGCCAGGCCGACACCAUCCGCAACGACAUCACCAAAACCUGCACCGACGAACACCACAUCCAGCGCUUCAGCGGAUCCUCCUGGAUCAAGCACGGGACCGAGUGCACCCUCUGCCAGUGCAAGAACGGACACAUCUGCUGCUCAGUGGACCCCAUGUGCCUUUAGUGCUGAAGACUGAAGGCUCCUGUACAGUUU